UACAGUAAGCGAAGCUAACGAUUUCAGCCUCCCACUGACGAAACAAAGGAAGACGUAUGGGUUCCGAGUGAGAAUGAGGUACGAGUGCAGAGAUGAGGACUGGAGUGGCUGGUCAGUGGUGGAGUGGAGGGAAGGAGCUCCCUGCCACCUUCCAACAAAGGAUCCGCAAUCUCCACAGGCCAGCUCCACAGCAUACUACCAUGUCCUCUGGCUUUUACUCGCUGUGAUUGCUGGCCUGGUCUUCUGCUUGAUGAAGCAAGAAUGGAUCAAGAAGAACCUCUUCCAGAUAAUCCCAGAUGCUAAGAACGUUCAGUACAAUAUGCUGAACUUCAGUCACUCAGCCGCAUGGUGGGACAGGCAGACCUCCUCCAAGGUGGACUGUGUCAUCGUGGAGGUUGAGGAGGUCUCUCCCAGUAAGUUAGACCUGGAGGAGAAGAAAGAAGAAGAGCGGGCCGAGGAAGGGGAAGAAGACAGAAGAAAAAAGGAAGAUUAUGAUAACAUUGAGGAACAGAAAACUCAAGAGAAGAAAGAAGACAUUGUUAGUGCCAAAAGAGAAGCAGAGAAGGAGGCAGAAGAGGCAGAGGGAGAAGCAGAAGAGAAACAAGAUGAGCAAGUCGAAUUGGUAAGGACGACUGCUGAGGAGGUUAACAGUUAUGCUAACUCCAUGAACAUCAGCUGCAACAGUGCGUACAUUCACUGGGGACAAACCCCCAAGACAUGGCCCAGCCAGACCUGA